AUGUUAGCAAAUAGCAAGCCAAGCGUGAUACUUGCUGCAAGAAAGAUAACAAAUGCUUACACCCUUGCCUAUCAGAGUAAAGUUGGACCUGUGGAAUGGUUAAAACCAUAUACAGACGUGACGAUAGUUGAACUUGGAAAAAGGGGAGUGAAAAGUCUGUUGGCUGUUCCAAUUAGAUUUGUCAGUGAACAUAUUGAAACUCUAGAAGAAAUUGAUGUCGAAUACAAAGAAUUGGCUCUAGAAUCUGGUAUAGAAAAAUGGGGCCGUGUUCCUGCUCUAGGAUGCGAACCUUCCUUCAUUUCUGAUUUGGCAGAUGCCGUGAUUGAAAGUCUCCCAUAUGUUGGUGCCAUGGCAGUUUCAAACGUCAAUGCUCGACAGUCUUUGGUUCCGCUCGGCAGCGUAGAGGAGUUAUUAGCAGCAUAUAACUCGACAGAUAUAAUAAUAAGAGAUGCCUCUCCAGUAACUGUUAUAACUUCAGAAGCCAUCGAGUCUCAUCUAACUAAGACAACAAAGGAUAUUUCCAAGGCAACAAAAGCACCUACAAAAGUAAAGAAAAUGGGUGAGGAUUUAAAGAGAAAGGCAUUGACAGAAGCAACAAAUUUUCAACAAUCCAAUGCUAUUGAAAUCACAAGGAAAAUUUCAAACGAACCUUCCAGAAACUUUGUCUCCAAAACCGAUAUCCAUCCAUCUCCUUAG